UGAUGGCACCCCAUGGCUGCCAGAGCCGUGAGCUCAGGCCUGCCCCCACCAGGGUGGACAGCGGGACCCCUGGCAUGCCCGCUGCUGCCCCCAGAGGUGCCGUCCUCGGCCCCUGGUUCAUUCCAUUGUCCUUGCCAUCAAGCACAACCAACUCAGCCACAUGCUUUCGCAUUCAGGCCUCUGGCAGCUUUCCAUUAAUGUCUUCCUUUGCCAGUGACCAGGUCAUUCCAUUCUCUGUCCCCAGAGCAGCGUCACUCCAGUCCUUGGGCCAUCCCAUCCUCUUUGACUGGCCACCCCAUCUCAGCCAUCAGGUCAUCCCUCUGUGGGCAUUAGGCCCGUGGUUGUCCCCCCAUGGGACCAUCCCAUUCCUGGGGAGCAGGUCCAUCUCUCCCUGUAUUUACACACUCAUUAGCCAGCGGGCCUUUCCUCUUUUGGGCAGCUGAUGGCUCUAGAUCCAGUCUUGAGCCUUUCCAUUUUGAAUGAUUUCAUCUGCUUGUCCCAGCCUUGCUUGUACCAUGACACCAUCCACCAUAGGGUUUCAUCUAUGAGCAGCCACCACGCUGCCUCAAAUAUUCAUCUCAUGGCAGCCAUCCCCACUGGCUGGUCCUAUCUUGGUCAGUGAGCUGUCCCACUGUUGGGAGUUCUUGAGGGCUGAGAUUGUUGAGCCCCAGCAAGCAGCUCCUUUCAAAUGUCAGAGGGUGGUCAGAAGAGCUGCUUCUUUUUAAGGGCUGCGUGGGCUUACCAAGCAGUCAUGGGCUGUUAACACAAGCAUGAUCUAUCACCCCACUAAGGGUAUCUUAUUCUCCUCUUGACUUUCAGAACUUUUGGUCUCCCACAGUAAAGCCCUUGUAAGCCCCAAAUCCUCUGAACCAUGAGCACCUCGCAAAUUUGAAUGUGGGUUCUACUUUGAGCUGUUGACACUGUUUCAAUGAAACAGUCUCCCCCUUAGAUGGCCAACAACCUUGACAUCUUCUUAGUGUUGGGCCACCUACUCAUUUUAGGAGCCUCCAGGUUCUCUUCAGAAGACACCCCCGUCCCCAGUGGAGACCACAGAGGGCUACCAGGCUGAGGCCACAUUUGCUCAUUGACUCAAGUGGAUACAAGUCCACUUCUUCCUGAUACAUGCUCUCAGGAAUGUCCCUAGAAACGGAUGCCUCACAUCCCAUCAAAGAACCAAGGUCCCCUCCCCAGGCAACCCCAGCCAGUCUCUAGGUUGACUGGGCUUCUAUGGCAUUUGCUCACUGGCUUCAGGCCUAGAGGAUCCAGUUUUAGUUUCCUGUGACUGAAGGGCUGUAAAUUGGACUAAUUUUGGAUGUGAUAGGAAACUGAAAUGAGGUCGGCAAGGAGACAGAGAAGACGACGGUGUGCGCCCCUCCCCCAGCUGGCCUGCCCCCCAUUGAGCUGUGGGCCUACCAAAGCUGGCCCCUAGGUCUGUCCUGGGGAGAGCCCUGAUUCCCAGCCCAAGUCAGGCCAGGCUGCCGCCUGCAUAGAACUCCCCAGCUAUAGCCACGUUUUGCUUUCUUCUUUCAUUCUGUCCUAUCUAUCUAUCUAUCUAUCUAUCUAUCUAUCUAUCUAUCUAUCUCUCCCCUCUCUCUUUCUCUGCCCAUUCCAAGGGGCCACCUAACUGUUGUCUUUUGGUUCCCAGAAUAGAUUUAGAGGGUGAGCAUGGCUGAGGUCUGGCUGCUGUGGUGAACGUGGCUUCCAAGGGCCCUGGGGCCUCCUACUACUCCCAGGAUAUACUUGGCUAUCCCAUGGCCCUAGAGCAGGGGUGAACCAACUUUCUCAGUAAAGGGCCAAGUGGCAUCUAGGAAAUAUUUAAGCUUUGCAAGCCUAGCCACAUCUUUCACAUUUCUCAGCCUUGCCACUGUAGCAGAAAAACAGCCUCAGAUGGGGUGUAAACAAAUGCCAGUGGCAGGGUUCCAAUAAAGCUUUAUUUAUAAAAGCAGGCAGUGGGCCAGAUUUAGCUUAUAGGUCAUAGUUCACCACCUCCUGCUCCAGACAGCUCGAUUGGAAAGGAUGAGGAGAUUGAAACUUCAGGCCUAGGAAGAAGGGACUUACUCAAAGUUGUUCGACACUGUCUGCUUUGAUUCCCUGGUACUUGAGUGACAGCUUGCCCAGUCCUAUCGUGGUUGUUACUAACCAGAGUUAAUCUCUGGUCAGAGCACAAAACAGGCAGAAACAGAAACACUUAAGGAGAAACUCAAACUCCUGUCCCCACGCCCUGGCAUAGGAGCAGUUAGUGAUACAACCCUGACCUCAGCUCUGAACAAGGGCACUAAGGGGCUGUUAUGUGCCCUCUGUCUACAGCAGAGAAACUAAGGCCUGAAGAAGCAUAAAACCUCAUCUAAAGUUGUCCUGUUAACCAUAACAGAGGUGAGCUUUGAACCCAGGUCUCUCUGGCUCUACAUCAGCUCUCACCAGGCAGGCCCUGUUUUCCUGUUGUUGUCCCGCUUCGCCCAGCAUGUUUAGAGAUGCUGGUGGGCCAGUGCAUGGACAUUCUCUUAUAUGUAAAAGGCAGGGUAGCUACUGUCAGUCAGAAUUAGAGUAAAGCCAGACCAGUGGCUCCUGGGACUCCCCCACUCCUGUCUGCGCUUUCUUUGGUCCUCACUUCUAAGUGGGAAUCAUUCCCUAGGUACCAGGGCAGGAAUUCCUAGGAGGAAGUCAGAGAUCUGCCCCAGAACUGAACUCCAAGCCUGCUCUGGCCACAGGGUAGGCUUCUGUAUGUGAGUCUGCCUUCUCUUUUCUUCCGACAAAGUGUGAGAAAUGGCUGCCCUGCCUCCCUAGCCAUUACUAGGCCAACUCUGUGCUGGCCUGGAUUUCUUUCUGUCUCCAAAGGACAGUAGUACCUAGAACACAGAGGCAGAUGUUCCUAGUGUCCCCCUAGUGAGAUGGCAGAGGGGUGGCAGCAACUCCCUGCCCCUCCCAUUCCAACAUGACAGGCAGUUAUAGGGCCCUGGGGACUUGCCUUCACCAAGCAGCUGCCACAGCUCCUGCAGCCUACUCAGACCGGCAGAGAGGUCGGCCCAGACAGAGGUACUGGGGAACCAGCGAGCUAGGUCCAGAGGUGGGUGGGUGGAGCCAGCUUGGGAGCCUCAGGGUGGGUAAGGUGGUGGCAGCGACUGCAGCAGUGACAACUCCGAUGGAGGCCUGGCGAGGUCCAGCCGAGCGUGCCCUGCACUGGGGCCUCCCAGCCCUGGCCCUCGGCUUCUUUCUCUUCCACUGUGAUCCCUUCACCUGCUUCUCCUUUCUCUCCUCUCCUCCACCCGCCCCAAGUUUCGAGGACUCCACCCUGUCCACGGCCACUACCCUUGAGUCUAUCCCCAGCUCCGCGGGAGAGCCGAAAUGCCAGCGACCCCGCACACUGAUGCGGCAGCAGAGCCUGCAGCAGCCGCUGAGCCAGAACCAGCGGGGCCGGCAGCCCAGUCAGCCCACCACCAGCCAGAGUCUGGGCCAGCUGCAGGCCCACGCGGCCUCAGCACCGGGCUCCAACCCCCGGGCCUAUGGUCGGGGUCAGGCUCGGCAGGGCACCUCGGCCGGCUCCAAGUACCGGGCAGCUGGGGGCCGCAGCCGCUCCAACCCAGGCAGCUGGGACCACGUGGUGGGGCAGAUUCGAAACCGAGGCUUGGACAUGAAAUCCUUCCUGUUGCCUGCAGGAGGGAAGGCUGUGAAUACAGCCCCAGUGCCCGGCCAGACGCCACACGAUGAGUCUGACCGCAGAACGGAGCCCCGUUCCUCUGUCUCGGACCUUGUCAACUCCCUCACCAGCGAGAUGCUCAUGCUCUCCCCAGGCUCCGAGGAGGAUGAGGCCCAUGAGGGCUGCAGCCGAGAGAACCUGGGUCGAAUCCAGUUCAGUGUUGGCUACAACUUCCAAGAGUCCACACUCACCGUGAAGGUCAUGAAGGCCCAAGAGCUGCCAGCCAAGGACUUCAGCGGCACUAGUGACCCCUUUGUCAAGAUCUACCUGCUACCCGACAAGAAGCACAAACUGGAGACCAAGGUGAAGCGGAAGAAUCUAAACCCGCACUGGAAUGAGACCUUUCUGUUUGAAGGGUUUCCCUACGAGAAAGUGGUGCAGAGGGUCCUCUACCUCCAGGUCCUGGAUUACGACCGUUUCAGCCGCAAUGACCCCAUUGGGGAGGUGUCCAUCCCUCUCAACAAGGUGGACCUGACCCAGAUGCAGACCUUCUGGAAGGAUCUGAAGCCAUGCAGCGAUGGGAGUGGGAGCCGAGGGGAGCUGCUCUUGUCUCUCUGCUACAACCCCUCUGCCAACUCCAUCAUCGUGAAUAUCAUCAAAGCUCGCAACCUCAAAGCCAUGGACAUCGGGGGCACAUCAGACCCCUAUGUGAAGGUGUGGCUGAUGUAUAAAGACAAACGGGUAGAGAAAAAGAAGACAGUGACAAAGAAGAGGAACCUGAACCCCAUCUUCAACGAGUCUUUCGCCUUCGACAUACCCACAGAGAAGCUGAGGGAGACCACCAUCAUCAUCACCGUCAUGGACAAAGACAAGCUCAGCCGCAAUGACGUCAUUGGCAAGAUCUACCUGUCCUGGAAGAGCGGACCAGGUGAAGUAAAACACUGGAAGGACAUGAUCGCUCGUCCCCGGCAGCCUGUGGCCCAGUGGCACCAGCUGAAAGCCUGAGUGGGGCCUAGGGAGGCUCCAAGGGCCAAGGCCUGGCUCCCCAUCAUGCCCCUACCACUUUAUGCACAAUGCCCAGCCCGGCCCCCCUGCCAUGGGUGAGGGGAGAACCCUGAGGGCUCAGCCAGGGACGGGUACCAGAACUAUACUGGGCCCCAUUUCUAGGAAGUACCAGCCCCACCCCCAUGAGUCCAGCUCGGGAGUGGGGACUCUAGGAGCCAUUUCCCUGCUUUGCCUCUUUCUUUCCUGAUUUGCUGAUACUAAAGACGUGGGGGAAAGCUCAAGAGCCAGAUGGGCAGAUCCCUCCAGAGGCCCGCCAGGUGGGCACAGCCCCCGUUUUCUUUAAGGCAGUGCCUGGAGUGGAGAGAAGCCACCCCUUCCCUAGCCCCCCUUUUUGGGGCCCAGAAGAGGAAGGCCGAGGCGUUUGGCCACGGCCUGGUCACCAGGCCCAUCCCCAGCUUCAGGUGCCGACUGGGCCCUGGACACUGAGGAUAGUAUAUAGCCUGUGCUCCAGAGUCCUGGAGACGUGGCCCUGUGUAUUUGUGUUGUGUCUACUGUGUGUGUGUGUGUGUGUGUGUGUGCGUGUGUGUGUAUGUGUGUGUGUAUAUGUGUGUGUGCCCACAUGCGUGUGUACACAUGUGCACCUGGAAGCUCAUACGCACAUGUGUGAAAGGGGGUGCUCACUCCUUGUCCCCCCCCCCCCGGGCCAGUAGUGCUGAUUGGCUACGGAGAAUAGCAAGGUUUCAUGAGGAUGAAGUGGGGCUGGGUCAGGUAGAGGUCGGGGCCACAGGAAAAGUAGCAGAAGAAGGGUAUGGACAGCUGAGAAGAAGUGGGGACCAGGAAAAACGGCUGUUAUCAGCUGCCACCCGGCACCCACUUUGCCUAUCUCUGUAGCUCCCACCCCCCAAAUUCCCCAGUAGCAAUGCUCUACUGCAAUGUCAUUCCUUGGGCCUGGGCUCAUACUUCAUAGGCACCUACUCACCAUGUGCAUGGCCUUCCAACAGGGCACCACUUCUCCCGGGCAUUUCUAACCGCUCAUUCGGGGACCCCCACCUUCCCAGAUCUCCUAUUGCUGCCAAAUUGGCAUCAGCUCUACACUCUCUGGCUUGGAUACAGCCCUUGAUCCCCAGCCCUUACCCUAACACCUCCACCUUUUCUUUGCAUAAUCUGAUCAACUCCUGGCCUUCUCCAGGCUGUUUCAGCUUGGCACAUACCCCACCCCCACCCCAGAGUAGUAGCUCUUUCUGCCCCUCCCACCCACCAUGCAAGCAGAGGAAGCAGGGAACAUUCCAGGAGUCUGAGGUUGCCAUACCCAAAGAAGCUGUCGUUUCUUCUCCCGGCCUCUGCUGAGACUAGAACUGGCUUCCCCUUGGAAAUGGCAGACUCCAGAAUGGUCCCUCUUAAGCCCUGUCACCCCUCUGUGCUAUAUUGAAAAAGCAGCUCGUGAAAGAGCCUCAAAACCAAUUCAGAGACUUGAGCCCAACAUACCCAGAUUCUACCACCAGGUGGCACCAGAACACCACAUCUGUGGUAGCAGUUGGGGACCACAGUUACAGUUCUACCCUGGCUGGCAACUUGACACCCCGAGGAUGGAAGGGGCUCUGGACUGCAUCUGAAUAUCAAGAGCACAGUGGGGGCACAGUUAUUUGGGCACAGUUUCCUUCAGUGGGCUUCCCCUUAGGCUCAACUUUCUGCUCUAAGUGUGAGAUCUCCUUUUGUCCACAGCAAAAUGUUCUUAAAUCAAAUUUCACACCCUGUCCCCAGAGACCUGGAGGAAUCUCUUAUGUAGUAGGUGAGUCAUUUGUAGAGUGAACAAUUCCAUUGUAAAACAGAUAGUUACCCAUAUUACUUGUAAAUCUAAAUGUUUGUAUACUGCAGCUUUUGCUUUAAGUAGGACCAUCCCCAAAUCCAUUGCCCAGCUGGGUGUAGCCCCUGGAAAGGGACCCUCCCAACCCCCUGCAGAGGCUGUGUGGAAACAGAAGAGGGUAAUGUAGAAAGUCUGGAAAUUCGAGAGAAAUUGCUGCCAUCCUUCCCUUCAUCUGCCUCAGUCUCCUGAGCACUUCCACAGAGCCAUCCGAGGGACCCAAGCAACCUGCACCAGUAGGUGUAAGGUUGGCAGGGGGUUCAUGCAGAGCUCGCUCUUAACCAGUCAGCUCAGAGAGUAUCCCUCACAGAGCUGUUCCCCCUUCAGACUACUAGGAAUAGUAGUGACCCGACCUGGGAUUCCUCAGGCUCUACUGUGUAGGUGGAGUGAGGGGUGCCUGCAAAUGGUGGGUGGAGAGCAUGAGACAUAGUUGGAUGACACAGAGUCUGGGCAUAGGAUGGUUAGGGCAACUGGGGGAACAUGGAAAUGGGAGUGAGGGCGAGGAGGGCACCAGAGCUCUGCCACCACUGUCCUGGGAUCUUGGGCAAGUCACCCACACUCCCUGGGCCUCAGUUUCUCCAUCUGUAAAAUGAUGGUAAUAAUACUUCACCUACCUCAUGGGGGAGGUUGUGAGGCCAUCAUCACCUGAUCUAGGGGAUCAAGGCAGGAGGGCUCUGAAGGUGCUACCCAGAGCAAAUUUGUCUGUCACUGAUGCCUGAAAGCAAGGCCCACCUGCCCGUCCACCCUACCCCACAGAACCUCUAGGGACCACCAGAGCCAAUCUGUCUCUUCACUGUGUCCCAACCCCCUUAAUGAGCAUCAUCUGACAUCUUGUGGGCACCCUAGACUUAGUUGUUAUGUUGUUGAGGUAGCCUUUCUUGUGGACCAUCUUCUCCAUGUAACUGCUAUACAAAUUCCACCUGCCCCAGCACACCCCUCCUCCUGCCCUCCAGCACCAGAGGCCAGGGAAGGGACAAAGGAAAACAGCCACAAAACAAAACAAAAAAACAAGGGGACUCUCAGCUCAGCUGGGGCCCCCAGGGGUGGGAACUGGUGGCGCUGUUUGUAUUGUGUUUGAGUCCUUGAGCGCAAGUGUUUUAUAAAAAAAUAAAACAAAAAUCCACUAUCACAAAAAAAGAAAAAAAUACAGCAAAGAGAACUGAAGACAAAAGGGAAAAAGAACCAUACAAUUUUUUCCACCAUAUGCACCCUCUAAGCCAGCAAAAUUUUCCUCUUUGCAAAAUCAUAUUUUUGUGGGAAUGGGCCCUGCUUUUUGUGGCAAGGCCUGUUCUGAUUAAUAAAGGAUCGUGAAAAAGUA